GCCGUCCUCAAGCCUCUCGCCAAAAAUGAAGUUCAACGCCGAUGUCUCUUCCUCGCGCCGCAAAUCACGCAAGGCGCACUUUGCGGCUCCUUCUUCCAUUCGCCGCAAGAUCAUGUCGUCCGCUCUCUCAAAGGAGCUCCGCAGCAAACACAACUGUCGCUCACUGCCUAUCCGGAAGGACGACGAGGUUCGGAUUGUGAGGGGAAAGUACAAGGGGCGUGAGGGGAAAAUUACACAGGUGUACCGCAAGAAAUGGGUCAUUCACGUCGACCGUGUGCAAAGAGACAAAUCGAAUGGUGCGACCGCUCCCAUUGGCAUCCACCCUAGCAAUGUUGUUAUCACCACCAUCAAGCUGGAUAAAGAUCGACGGGCAAUUUUGGACAGAAAAGAUAAGAAGAAGGCGCCUGUAGCGGCUAGUGGAGAUGUGGAAAUGGUUGAUGUACGUACCCAUCAAUGUCAAGGAAAAUGA